AUGAGCGAGCUCGAGUUCAAGGACGUGCUCAGACAGGUCCCGACCAUCGACGAGGACGUGCGGCGCGUGCUGCAGGCCCUGGGCGAGCCCCAGACGUACUUUGGCGAGGACAAGGCAGACCGACGCGAGCGACUUGUCGAUCUGCUCGGCAGAGACGAGGACCUCCGUGCUCGCUUUGCAGAGCUGACGGGGCUCGACCGCGGCGACGGUUCGGACGCCGACGAGGAGGAGGAGUUCUACACGCCGGGAGGCGAGGAGCUGUACGAUGCCCGUGUAUUUUUGGCCAACUACUCGCUUGCAAGGGCUCGUGACAGAAUCAAGUUUCAGACGGAAUAUUAUCAGAACCAUCGGCCCGUCGAGGUGCUGCAGGAGCGUCGCAAGUACAACGAGUCGCUGAAGAAGAUCACCUCCCAGGGCUCGCAGGUGGUCUCUGACCGCUGCACGUCUGUGCUGCGGUACUCCAAUGACCAGAAAUACCUGGCCUGCGGCUCCUGGGACGGCAAGACGUACUUGAUGAAUCAGCAGCUGGAAAAACUGGCUGUCUUGAACGGGCACGAGGAAAAAGUGGGCGGGAUCGAUUGGCACCCCCACGUAACCAGUGUGGUGGCCACGAGUGGCAGCGAAGGGCAGGUCCUGUUGCAUAAUGCCGACACACAAGCCGUGGUCGCGACUCUCAAAGGACACGAGCAGAGAGUGGCACGAAUACAGUUCCAUCCCUCGGGCCGGUUCCUGGCGUCUGCGUCGUUCGACCUGACGUGGAGGUUCUGGGACGUGGAGAAAAAUAAAGAGCUCUACUACCAGGAGGGCCACUCGAAAGAGGUGUUUACUUUGGCGCACCAACCAGAUGGGUCACUUCUUGCGAGCGGCGGCUUAGACGGCAUUGGCCAUAUAUGGGACCUGCGGACAGGAAAGUCGAUCAUGGUGAUGGAGGACCACGUUAAGGGGAUAUAUGCUAUGGACUGGAGGAAAAACGGGUAUGAGCUUCUCACGGGCGGUGGAGACGCGAAUCUGAAAGUCUGGGACAUUAGAAACAACCGCAAGCCGAAGCAGAAUAUCGUGGCACACAAAAAGCUGAUUUCUGACAUAAAAGUGUCUGGCAACGACAAGUUCAUGGUGACCACGUCUUACGACGGCAACCUAAAUAUUCUUUCCUGCGACAACUGGCUUGUGAUCAAACAGUUCAAGGCACCCGAAAAGCUGAUGUGCUGUGACAUUGCUCCUGAUGACGAGACGGUUGUGUCUGGCGGCUGGGAUCGGUGCGUCAAUUUGUAUAAUAGCAGCUUAUAG